AUUUGUUUUUCAAUUUACGAGAUCAUUCAUCUUUGCCUAUAAAAUAAGACUUGAACGUUUUUAAUCAGCAAAUAUUCAUCGAAAUGUCAGUCCGAGUAUGUUUAGUCCUAUUUUCUGUCCUUAUUGCAUUGGCUUGCACUGAAAGUCUUGAACAACCUGCAGAAGUAGAAAGGCUUGAAAGGCCAAAAUGUACCGAUUACACUUUUUAUGCUAAAUAUAUUUGCAAAAGUCGAAGAAAUGGAGAAAAGAUGCCAGUUCCAGGAAAAUGCUCACAAUACUACGAAUGUUUUAGAGGUGAAAGUAUAAGAAAACAUUGUAAGAAAUCUUGUAAGAGAUUCUUCGAUUUUAAAUUACAAAAAUGUACAUCGGCCAAGAUACAAUGUAUUAAGUUGGAUGAUACGGAUUGCAGAAAAACUACAACUUCAUCACCAUGCACUACUGUAACACCAGAACCUACACCAGCUUGUACAUGUCCUGAGAUUCCAACAACAACAACUCGUAGAUUUUGUCCUCAACCAACAUGUCGACCUCCAAUAUGUUCUACAGUAUAUGCAUGUUCAUGUCCGACACAAUCUCCAUGCCCGGUACUUACAACAACACCAUGUCCUAGAAUACCCCAAAAAAAAUAUUGAAAAUACUCCCUAUAGUUUGUCAAGGGUCUUACUUUAUUUACAAGCAUUAAAAA